CUCCCUAUAAGAAGAACAGAUCGGAAAGAAAAAAAAAUCAGACAUUCGAAACAUAAUUUUAGGGAAGAGGAACAGAUUAUUAAUUCCAUCAUUUCAUCUUUUGAUCAAUUACUUCUUUAGUUCAGUUAUCAUGGCAUCCAAUGACACUCUUUUAAACAAGGAAACUGAACAGGUGAAGGUGGAUACAGUAGAUCAUAGAACAUAUCCAGCAGGAGAACAUGGAGAAGAAAAGACUACAACUGAAAACAUCCAAGUCGUUCAUGAACAAGUAGUACCUCCUCCUCAAGACGAUGAACACAACAAGGUGGAUAGUGCUGCUGCUGCUGCCGGCCUCCCUGCCCAUGCUGCCACCCCAGGUAUCUUUGCUGGUGCUGCAGCCUCAAUAGCAAGUACUUAUCAAUCUGCUAAAGACUUUGCUUUCUCAUCAACUACUAACAAUACCCACAACACAGAUGAAGACACUCUCCGUUAGUUCGUCUUUGUUUCAGGCGCCUUGUUUUAAGGUGUGGUUGUGUGUGUUUGUAAUCUGCUUAUUAGUUCAUAACCCGCAAGAAUGAAGAAAAAAAGGUUAUGUUUUGAUUGAACUUGCGAUUAAGUUAUCUGUUGGAUUUUAGUUAGUUUACCUGAUUUAUGAUCUUGGUGGUUGUUACCUUCCUAAUUAAAACAUUAUUAAGCCAAUAUUGGUGAUAAAUUUCUUCUAAA